AGGUUAGUUUCACCGCGCUAUCUGUUUGACUUAAUGCUGGUUUAAUACAAAUAAAUGUCCCUUUUAAUAUAAAAAUACAGUUUUUGAAUCCGGUCAGCAAAUAAUAUUUUCAUCCUCCAGCCGGAAUAUCUGGAAGAACAUCUGAAUUGAGAUCUGCUGCUGUGAAGAUGAUGUUUGUUAAAGAGGAGAGUGAAGAGAACUCGAGUGAACCAGAAAAACUGAGAAUAAAACACGAAGAACCAGAAACCCGGAGAAUAAAACAAGAGGAACCAGAAACCAGCAGAUUAAAUGAUGAGGAACCAGAAACCUGCAGAUUAAAUGAUGAGGAACCAGAAACCUGCAGAUUAAAUCACGAGGAACCAGAAACCAGGAGAAUAAAACAGGAGGAACCAGAAACCUGCAGAUUAAAUGAUGAGGAACCAAAAAUGUUGAGAAUAAAAGAGGAGGAACCAGAACCACAACCCAUGGAGAAUAAAACACGAGGAACCAGAAGGCCCAAUGAAAGUGAAAGAAGAAGAGAUCUGAAUGAGGUGGAGAAGAAACAUCAGCAUCAGAAAGAUCAUAAUAUCACUGCUGGAGAAAAAUCAGUGAGUUGCAGCAUUCAAAUAACAGAUGUCGAAAGACCUUUCAGCUGCUCUCCAUGUGGAAACACUUUCAAACAGAAAGGACGCUAUAUGAAACACAUCAGAAUUCAUAGUGAGGAAAAGUCUUUCAGCUGCGCUCAGUGUGGACACACUUUCACACGUAAAGCAAACCUUAAGAAACACAUGCUAAUUCAUUCUGGAAUAAAACCUUACAGCUGCUCUCAGUGUGGAAAGAGUUUCACACAGAAAUGGCAACUUAAGGAUCAUCUGCUAACGCACUCUUCAGAAAAGCCUUUCGUCUGCUCUCACUGUGGAAACACUUUCACACGUAAAACAAAUCUGAAGACACACAUGUUAAUUCAUACCGGAAUAAAGCCUUACAGCUGCUCUCAGUGUGGAAACACUUUCACACGUAAAACAAAUCUGAAGACACACAUGUUAAUUCAUACUGGGAUAAAGUCUUACAGGUGCUCUGAGUGUGGAAAGAGCUUUACACAGAAAGGACACCUUAAUGAUCAUGUGGUUAGUCACUCUUCAGAAAAGCAUUUCAGUUGCUCUCAGUGUGGAAAGUCUUUCAAACAUAAAGUAAGCCUUAUGAAACACAUCAGAAUCCAUAGUGGGGAAAAGCCUUUCAGCUGCUCUCAGUGUGGAAACAGUUUCACAUGUAAUGAAAACCUUAAGAAUCACAUGUUAAUUCAUAUAAAACCUUUCACCUGUUCUCAGUGUGGAAAGAGUUUCACCUGUAAACGAGGAUUUAAUCAUCACAGGAGGAUUCACACUAGAGAGAUGCCUUAACAGACAGUUCCUACAAAUUGAAACCCCCAUGUCUUUCCUCAGGGUCACCACUAUGGGGCGCCCGUGUCAGUCCUCUGUGUGGAAGGAGAUUUCGUAAAGCUUUAGAUGACAGCCCGGAAUUUACAGUGCAAGUAAACUGAAUUUACAGAAUACAUUUUUAUAAUAAUAGACUACCUAUACAUUACAUCCAUGUAUACAAAUGCUGCUUGUUAAUCCAAUACAUUAAUCGUUAACUGAUCAAAUUAGAAUAAUAAAUUAGUAUUAAAGUGAUCAUAGGACAUUGCUAAAAAGAACAUUAUUUUAUGUAUUUGGUGUAAUGAAAUUUGUGGUUUAAGGUUAAAAAAAACAUUAUUUUCCACACUGUUCAUUGUUUCUCUUCCAUGCCUUGCCUUUCUGAAAUGUGUCAAUUUUUAAAAAGCUCAUCGUUCUUUAAAACGAGGUGUGCUCUGAUUGACUGACAAUACAAUGCAUUGUGAUUGGCUGAAUGCCUCAGGUGUGACAGAAAUGUUACGCCCCUUGAACAUACUGUGAUGCCGCGUCCCGGUUAUAAUGCUUACACGACAAGACAAAACCAAUAAAAACCCAUUACAAGUGAUGCCUUUGUUGCAUCCAGUGGGGACAUAAUUACUGAUUAUAAUGACUUAUACUGUUGUGUUGCAUUGCAUAUCACGCUGUAUAAACAUAAAACCAUGUCUGCAUUUGUGUUCCGAGAAAUGACAACGAAACGACAAACGAGCUACUCUACACUGCUCAAAACUCGCGUUUGAAUAGUCAAUGGCAAAAUCUUAAAAUAUGAAAACAUAUUUGCAGUCUGUAAGUCAGAAGCACUAGACUGUCCUUGCAAAGUUUAAAUUGAUCCACUUUAUAGAAACAGCCACCGGCAUUGUAGGCUAGGUCUUAGUCCUCCAUAAAAUGUGCUUGACACAUCUGAAUAUUUGUGUUGAACUGCAACUUAACCACUGAUUUCUAGUUGUGUCCAAACAUAGUAGUUUUGGUUCACAAUCAAACACGGCAUCUCCAGAACAUGGUGGAGCACCAACAACAAAACUUCGGCGAGAAUCAAAGUUAAACCUUCUUUGAGGGACAACUGAGCCACCUAAGAAGAAAGCUUGUCUCGUGUCUGUCCCAGAAUCUUCAUCUAAUGAUGGAGAGGACUGUACUGAGAAAUGUGUGGAGUGCUACAAGGCAGAGUCCUCUGUUGGGAUAGAGGACUGUCCCCUGCAGUGGUGGUCCAAACAUGAAGGGGCACACAGUGAGAUGGCCUUCCUUGCAUGCAGAUACUUGGCAACACCUGCCACAUACAUACCUAACGAAAGAUUGUUUUCACUAUUAGGGCAUGUUGUUCAGAAAACGCAAGGUGGCCUGUCAUCUGAACAUGUAAAUAGGCUUGUCUGUUUGAGCAACUGGCUCAGUUCAAAGAAAGAGAAGUAAUGGGAAUGUUUUUUUAUGUACUUUUUUCCAUGUGUUUAAUAGACAUGAAUAGUGCUUGACCGAUAUAUCACCAAGGCUGAUAUAUCGGCCGAUAUUUGCAAUCUUUUAAAUAUUGGCAUCGACCCAUUCAUUUUCUGUUUGGAUGAUGUUCAUGAUGGGACUUUUAUUUUAACAGUGUUCAGAACAGUGCUCACAAUUCUCCCUCUUGUUUACUGUCGUAGUUAACGGUUCUGUCUAAUAAUCUGAUAGGAUGGUUCAACAAAGGAAUUAAUGUAUACACAAAGUAUUAUAUUAUUAGUAAUAAUAGGCAAACAUUAUAAUACAUUCUCGUUUGCCAUCAGUAUUAAGCAAAUACACUUUUAUAUAAUUUAAACAAAUCUUUGAAUGACUAAUAAACAUUACAUUUCAAAAACCUUGCAAAUUUAGUCAAAUCCAGCUCUGAGAUCUUGCGAAGUGUGUACUUUUAUCCAGAAUGAUCAUGUGUUCUCUGUCUGAAGGUUAGUCCAUGUGAAUUGAAUGCUUUAAACUUUAAACUUGUGAUUUCAAAUUAUGCUACGCUUUAUGCAUUUGCAUACUGUCAUAUUCAUGUCAUUUUCACUGUGUGCUGUAUGUAAAAUGGGUGUCACCCUGGCUUUGAAAAAUAUGAUUCCCUAUGCACACAAACUUCCCAGAAUACUGAGUGCUCUGCUGGUAACAGUGUUUACUUCCCUUUUAAUUUGAUAUUUAAUAUUUAUUUAUUAGUGAAAAAUACUUUGUCAUCUAAAGUAUGUUUAUUUUACAUAUUUAUUUUUUAUCCAUUGUCAAAUGAAUUUGUCAAAAUUUUUAAAUAAUAAUAAUAAUAAUUUCCAAAAUUUCCACAUUGGCUGUCAAUGUUUAGAACAAGUGCGUUCAGAAGAAAUUACCUCCCAGUCAUGUGGAAAUGUAAAUAGUCUUGUGUAAGUAAAGAACAAAGAAAGAGAAGUAAGGCGAACCUGAUUUUUCUUUUAGACAUUAACAGACAUGAAUUAAGUUCUUUGUAAAUACAUGUACCAUAUUCUAAACAUGUCUAUGUUCUUUAUGCUUUAUGUUUAUGGUGGUUUCACUAUCCAUAUUUGUCCAUGCCAUAAUUGUCUAAUUAUAACUGUCAAUUUAAUGACAGUUAAGAUCUUAUUUAUACAUAAAUUAUAUGUGGAUGUACCACAAAAUGUCA